AUGUCUGCCGACCUCGACGGUGACUCCGAAAUGCUCUCCUCCUCCGGCUCCGAGUCCCCCAUCGGCGCGCGUACACCCACAUUCGACAAACCCACCGAACUCUCACCACCCGGCUCACAAACAGCGUCUCACCACGAAAGCUUUGGCGGCGAUAGUAAUACUCUCGGAUCUGGUGCUGGCGCCGGCCCCUCUUCUUCCAUCACAUCUGCAUUCGACAAGUUAGCUGGGGAUAUUAAGGCAGCCCAAGGUAAAGAUGCGCCUGGCGCGUCGUGGAAUAAUCAGCGAGCGCAGGAGGAGUUUAACAGAGCUUUGGAGAGUGUGGUUGAUAGGGAUUUUAGUUUGCGUGAAUUCGGAGAUCCGUUUGAUGAGUCGGAUAUGUUACAGGGUCUUUCGGGAGUUUAA